CAAGGAGAGAAGGAGAAUAAGAGAGAGAGAGAGGUCAGGCUAGGGUUUCGGGGGGGUCUGAAAUCAAAUCAAAUUGGAAAUAAAUCGAAGAAGAAAGGGGGUGGAGAUGGGUGUACAUGUGUUUGCUGCGAAUGAUGGGUGUGGAGGAUCAUACUUCAAAUCAGAGUCCAGUAGUUCAAAGCGUCUCCGCCGGUGGAGAUCUGAUAAAGCAAUUUCAGUCGACUCAAAGUCAGAGCCCAGGAUGUCUAAGCGUCUCCGCCGAUGGACAUCUGAUAAAGCAUUUUCAGAACGGAAACCCAAAGAGAAUGCAUUCUUUCCAAAGGUAUCCGACUGUCGACUAAAAGAGAUCAAAGAUUCUAUCUUGGUCUCCAGCUCCGACUUCAGGGAUUCCCCUGACAAAUAUGCCCUAAGUGAGGAACGUCAAAUGGGCUCUCUUUUUGAUAAGGAAUUCCCACCUGAUUCCCGAACCUUCACACAUCUGCCCAAUGCGGAGUUAGGCAAACAAAUGAAUGUUUUGGAUUUGCUAGGGGAUAACCUCUUGAGUUUCAACCAAAACAUCCCAAGUUUCAGAGGCGGUGUUGAGGUGAAAAGCACCGUAGACCUAGAGGGUAAAUACGUUAUGAUUUGUUGUGUGUUUGUGCCUACGAUAUGGUGUUCAGAUGAUUGGCGCAUGGUUUAUCACACGGCUUUAGCAUCUCAUGAGCUCACUAAGAGAGAUGAUUUCAUGCUGGUGGUGGUGCCAAUUAUGAGGAAAGGUUUCCAUUAUUCUUGCUCGGCCUAUCAACACUUCUUGUCGGGCUUUUCCUGCCUUGCUGUCCCUUUUGAUGACUGUGAUCGGCGUGAGUACAUUUGCUCAGCACUCAGAUUUCAUGGUAAGCUUAAAGUAGUGAUUCUAGAUCCAUCUCAGAAGCUCCUUUACCAUGGCCCACCCAACAUGUUUCUUGAGUUUGGAGGAGCUGAACACGGUGCCUUUCCCUUUACUCCGGAGAGAAGGGAGAUUUGUUUAAGCAGUUGUUAUGUUCUGCAGGAUCUCUCCCUUAGUGAGCUUUUGGGCCGUAGCGACCCUGAUGGUCUCCUGUACAAUUUUUCAGAAGAUGCUUGUAUUACUAUUUCAGAGCUUAACCACAAGUUUGUGGGGAUUUACUUGUGCUCUGAUUGUACAAGUUUAAGGAAUGUUCAGGAGGUUGAUGAGGAAUGCAGACAGAAAAAGUAUGAGCUUGAGAUUGUGGUGGUGUGUUGCCCCUUCGAUAGGCAGGUGCCCCCAGUUGAGCAUGAGGAGCUGAUCAAGGGUGCUCUUAAGAGUUCCAAAAAGCUGCUACGCUGGUGGUUUUUUCCCUUUGACAACACCGUAUGCCAUAGGCUACGACGAAUGUGUGGAGUUGACAGUCACGGGGAAGGUGUUUUCAUAGUCGAUCCCAUAGGAAAGUAUGUGGAUCCCUAUGGAUUACCAAUCAUGCGUGACUUCGGCGUGGACUCUUAUCCCUUCACCAGGAGGAAUUUGGUUGAGAAGGAAUUUCAAAGGAUAAUGGGCCUGAGAUUGAACUCAUUACUACUUCCUUGGAUGUGUGUGUAUGCCACGCUUGUUACCAAUUCCGGCACCUUUAUUAUUAAUACAGAAUGGCUUAAGAACAAGAUUGUUGUUCUUUAUCUGUACAAAGAGAAGGAGAAUUUCCUAGCGGAUAAAUUGGCUCUAUGGUAUAAAAAGAAUAUUGAGAGAAAGCAUUCAAAAGUUGUUGAGGUGGUUGCGGUAAGCAUAGAUGGCAGCAGCACUAGUGAGCAAUACUUCAUGGAUAAGGGGUGGCUGGUAUGUCGUGCAGACCCAUCAAAGUCAGCUAAACUUUGUGAUGAAUACUUCCAUCCUCUCUGUGGGCCACACGAGACUGUUGUUGCGUUUGGUGAAGAUGGUGUGAUUCAAUCUAUGGAUGCUUCUCACAUUUUGGAAUGUCGAGGUCCUCCUUUCGAUGGCAAUCUGCGUGAAGAGAUUGGUCGAGAAUUUGAUUACGCCGGAUUUCAAUAUUUGAGGCACUAUGACUACAGUUCAUUUAUGAAGAAGGGGGCUGAAAUCAAAUUGCGAAUAGAUCAAGGAAUGGAGGCCGAGAGGGAUGUAGAUGUGCUUUCUGCUAGUGAUGGGUGUGGAGGAUCAGACUUAAAGUCAGAGUCCAGUAGUUCAAAGUGUCGCCGCCUGUCGACAUCUUAUGAAGCAUUUUCAGAUCGCACGCAGAAGCUGUUAGCAGAGAAGGCAUGCUUUCCAAAUGUAUCUGAGUGUCGACUAAAACAGAUCAAGGUUAUGUUCUGUGUCCCCGGCUGCGGGGAUAUUUUCGACCGCCCUGACCCACAAGCCCUAAGUAAGGAACACAAGAUUGGCUCAUAUUUUGAUGCCGAAUGCCCAAUUUAUUCCCAAUCCUUGGCACGUGUGCCCAAAGCCGAGCUAGGCAAACGACUGAAUGUUUUAGAGUUGAUAGGAAAUAAAUUCUUGAGUUUCAACCAAAAAGUUGUCAGCUUUCACCCCACCACCAAAUCCAGACGUUCGCGUCAUCUGAGUACGGGUGCGCGUUGGGGUUUUAAUGUUGGUCGUAAGGUUCAAAGGAUUCAGCCCCCCAAAUUCAGAAGUGGUGUUGAGAUGGAAAGCACCAUAGACGUAGAGGGUAAACAUGUUAUGAUUUGUUGUGUGUUUGCGCCUUCGAUAUGGUGUUCAGAGGAUGGACAAUUGGUUUAUCGUACAGCUUUAGCAUCUCAUGAUCUUGCUAGGAGAGAUGAUUUUGUGUUGGUGGUGGUGCCAAUGAUGAGGAAGGGUUUCACUCAUUGUCGCUCGGCCUAUGAAAACUUCUUGUCAGGCUUUUCCUGCCAUGCUGUCCCUUUCUGGGACUCUCCUCGGCGUGAGCGGAUUUGCUCAGCACUCGGUUUUGAUGGUGGGAUUAGAAUUGUUGUUAUAGAUCCAUCUCGGAAGGUCCUUUACAAUGGCGAGCCCUCAAUGUUUCGUUCGCUAGGAGGAGGUGAGGAUGGUUGCUUUCCCUUUACCCCGGAGAGAUGUGUGAUGAGUCUAGGCCGUGGCCGUGAGCGGCAGGAUCUCUCCCUCGGUGAGUUUUUGGGGCUUAGCGACACUGAUGUUCUGUGGAAUGCUUCAAAGGAUGCUUGUAUUACUAUUUCAGAACUUAAACACAGGUUUGUGGGGAUUUACGUGUGCUUUGAUUGUAGAAGUCUAAAGAAGGUUAGGGAGGUUGCGGAGGAAUGUAGACGGAAAAAGAAUGAGCUUGAGAUUGUGGUGGCGAGCUGUCCCUAUUGGGGGGUGCCCCCGAAUCUGCACUGGGAGUUGGUCAUGGAUGCUCUUACAAGUCUCAAUCUGCUAGGUGGAUUGUGGCUCUUUCCCUUCAACAACACCGUAUCCCGAAUGCUAAGUGAAAUGCAUGACAGUAUCCAUUUGGACGAAGGUUUUUACAUAGUGGAUCCUGUUGAGAAGUUUGUGGAUCGCUAUGGGUUACCAAUCAUCUGUGAGUUGGGCAUGGACUGGUAUCCCUUCACCAGGAAGAGUGUGGUUGAGAAGGAAUUUCAAAGGUUAAUGGGACUGAGAUUGAGCUCAUUGCUACUUCCUUGGGGAUGUGUUUGUCGCAGGGGUGGUGAGGUCGGCGGGACCGUUGAGACUCGUGUGGAAGAAGCGCUGAACAACAAGGUCGUUCUUCUUUAUCUGUACGAAGAGGAAGAGCAAGAUCUAGCUGUUAAAUUGACUCUGCUCAUGGGGGGGUAUGAUGAUGAAAAGAAGAAUGCUGCAAUGAUGUAUCGAAAUGUUGAGGUGGUUGCGGUGAGCAUAGAUGGCGGCGACACUUGUGAGGAAUGCUUCAUGGACAAGGGGUGGUGGGUAUGCCGUGCAGACCCGUCCAAGUCGGCUAAACUCUGCAAAGAACUCUUUCAUCCUCGCUACUACCCGCACGAGGCUGUUGUUGCAUUUGGUGAAGAUGGUCGCAUUCGAUCCAUCGACGCUUGUCAACUCUUGGAAUCUCAAGCUCCUCCUCCUUUCCUUGGCGGCUCCAAUCUGCUGCGUCAAGAGAUUGGUCGGGAACUUUAUGACGCGGGCUUCAUGUACAUGCGGUACUAUGAGCAAUACUCUUAGCAGUGAGUGGAGGGUUUGCAUUGAUACAUGAUUUUAU